AAGACGGAAGAGAAAGACGAUAAUUAAAAAACAGUGACAACCAAAAUAAAACUAAAACAAUUUCUUCACCUAUUAUAAACGUCAGAUUAACCUUAGAUGUAUUGUUUAUACAGAUGAACGAUGUAGUAGUUUAUCGUAUUUAGCUUUAAUGACGUUUAACAAUACGUCACUCCGCAAAAAAGAUCUCGAGACGAACGAAGAAUUCCACGGCGAUUUCCUCUUCCUGUGUGCGCUUGGUAAUGUAACACCUGUGUGGUUCAGAGGGGCGGGGCAAGAUCCCGACUGGGUGUGGCCGGACUUGGGCGAUGUGUUGUGAGCUGCGGUUUCAGUCGACUGGGCUUUAUGCAGGUGUGACGGGGCUACGACGGAGACAGGCCAGCUGUAACCACAGUGAAUCCAGAAGCAAUGUCAUCGAGACCUAACGGGAGUCCGCCUCCCUACGAGGCAGAUGGAUAUAAUGAGCCCCCUCAGCCUGCCUAUUCCUACUACCCAGAUGAUGAGUUCCAACAUUUUUACCGCUGGGCAUCUCCACCAGGCAUUCUUAAAAUCAUGGCCAUUAUCGCUAUUGUUAUGUGCGUUGCCAUAUUUGCUUGUGUGGCCUCAACGCUGGCCUGGGACACUCAGGGAGGCCUGUCUGGGUUUGGUGGAAUGGGAUAUGGCACGGGAUAUGGAAGUGGGUACAGUUCUGGGUACAAUCCUGGGUAUGGCUCUUAUGGAGGCGGUGCGUAUGGAGCUGGGAACAACUACGGCUACGGAAACAUUGGAGGAAACUACAAUGACCCCCGGGCAGGCAAAGGGUUCAUCAUUGCCAUGGCGGCCAUCACGUUCAUUGUGUGUCUGGUCAUCUUCAUCAUCGUUGUGUCCCACCAAAGCCUUUCUGAGAGCAGGAGGUUCUACCUGGCAGUUGUAAUCAUCUGUGCCAUCCUCGCACUGCUGGUGCUGAUUGCCUCCAUAGUGUACUUGAUGGCCGUGAACCCCACGGCCCAAUCUUCUGGUUCCAUCUACGCUGCCCAGAUUGCUGGACUGUGUGCCCAGUACCAACACCCACAGCCAUCAGGGGUGUUUGUCAACCAAUACCUGUACCACUACUGUGUGGUGGAACCACAGGAGGCCAUUGCUGUGGUCUUUGGCUUCUUGGUGGCCAUCGCUCUGAUCAUAAUGCUUGUCUUUGCACUGAAGACACGACAGAAAAUGGGAAACUAUGGCAAGAGCAACAUUCUGUGGAAGAAAGUUAAGGUCAUCGAUGACCUGGCGCCACCUCAGGAUGUAGAGGACUGGGUCAACAAUGUGUCUGUUCCUGUGGAGGAGCUGCCAAUGUCAGCAUACCCUGAGAAGCUGAGGAGCUCCAGGAGCCACUUAGAUGAUGAGAGCACCAACUAUGACAAACCACCGUACAGCUACAGCCCACAGCCUCCAGUAGAGAACGACGUGCCUUUGUACAGUGGAGCCCCCUACAGUAAUACCUCUGAGGUGUCCAGCUCAACUGGUCAUCCCAAGAAGAGACGCGCAGGUCGUCCUCGUCGAGCUAACGGACAGGACUACGACACAGACUAUAACUCAUCAGGAGAUGAGCUGGAUGACAACGACUUUGACAGUGAGUUUCCCCCAAUAAGAGAUGAGGCGGAGCGAGCUCACUACAAACGGGUAUUUGACAACGAACACCUGGUGUACAAGGAGCUGCAGGCCGAGAUGGAUGCUGUCAAUAAGAAGCUGUCGGAUGUGGACAGAGAACUGGAUGAGCUGGAGGAAGGAAGUCCUGCAUUCCUGGAUGCUAUGGACGAGUACAACAGGAUAAAGAUGCUUAAAAAGUCUUCAGAUUACCUGAUGAAGAGGCGCAAGUGCAAAUAUCUCAAGUCCAAACUAAGCCACAUCAAGAAGAUGGUCAGUGACUUUGACCACAGGGCCUGAACAGAAUACCAACUGGACUCAGUCACACUUCCACUCCGUGGUUCCAGUGUUUAGGGGGCCAGAGCAGGAGUGGUCUACGUCAACCACAGGAACUACCCGCGUGCCUUUGAGCUUCGGAGUCUUUGCAAAGGUUGCUGGUGCUUUAGGACGACAUGUAACACAAACAUUCUGUCAAAUUCAAACCUCUGUCUGUAUAAUGAGCCUCACACGAACAGACGGAAGUGUACAUAGUUUUACCUCACUUAAAGUACGCUGAAUAGAGUAGUUGAAGUAGUGGAGAAGUCCAGUUACUUCACUGAGUGGACAUUAUGCUGUAAAUUGUUUUUUAAAUUGAUUUUAACCGUUGCUUAAAAAUCUCUUUUUUAAAUUCCUUUCUGUUUUUUAAAUCCACAUAUAUAUGUAAAUACAUGAGGCAUGCUUGUAGCAUUUAAUGGAAAUACAGUGAGUGUCUCCGAUGAUUGUGCCUGUGAUGACGAUGACCAUAAAUACUGAGGUACUUUUAUGUGAUUUGUUUUUAUUAAAAUAAAAGUUUCUUGAAAGCUG